GGCGGGCUGCCUGGAGUGAGUGAACGCUGCGGCCGCCACUUUGUGGAGGAGGAUCCCGGGCGGCUGCUGGGACCUGAGGAGAUGGAGGAGCCGGGGCUGGGUUCACAGUGCAGAAAUCACAACCAUGGCCCUCACCCGCCAGGAUUUGGUCGACAUGGUGUCUGUGCACAUGAGAACAAAGACCUUGCCAAGGCAAGAGAAAUUCUUCCUCUCAUAGAGGACUCUAGUAACUGUGACAUUGUCAAAGCUACCCAAUACGGGAUUUUUGAGCGAUGUAAAGAAUUGGUUGAAGCAGGCUAUGAUGUCAGACAACCAGACAAAGAAAAUGUGUCACUUCUUCAUUGGGCUGCUAUUAACAACAGACUAGAUCUUGUAAAGUUUUAUAUUUCAAAAGGUGCUGUUGUAGACCAGUUGGGUGGUGAUUUAAAUUCAACUCCUCUUCAUUGGGCUAUCCGGCAAGGGCAUUUACCUAUGGUCAUAUUGUUACUCCAAUAUGGUGCAGACCCCACUCUCAUUGAUGGAGAAGGAUUCAGUAGCAUUCACCUGGCAGUAUUAUUUCAACACAUGCCUAUCAUAGCAUAUCUCAUCUCAAAGGGGCAGAGUGUGAAUAUGACAGAUGUGAAUGGGCAGACACCUCUCAUGUUAUCAGCUUACAAAGUAAUUGGAUCAGAACCAACUGGAUUUCUUUUAAAGUUUAAUCCUUCUCUCAAUGUUGUUGAUAAAGUACACCAAAACACUCCACUCCAUUGGGCAGUUGCAUCUGGAAAUGUCAAUGCAGUUGAUAAACUUUUGGAAGCUGGUUCUAGCCUAGACAUCCGAAAUGUUAAGGGAGAAACACCUCUUGAUAUGGCUCUACAAAACAAAAAUCAGCUCAUUAUUCACAUGCUCAAAACAGAAGCCAAAACAAGAGUUAACCAAAAGUUCAAGCUUUGGAAAUGGUUACAGAAAUGUGAGCUCUUCCUGCUGCUGAUGCUCUCUGUGAUUACCAUGUGGGCUGUUGGAUACAUUCUAGACUUCAAUUCAGAUUCUUGGCUUUUAAAAGGAUGUCUUCUAGUAACAUUGUUUUUCUUGACAUCUUUGUUUCCAAGGUUAUUGGUUGGAUAUAAGAACCUUGUAUAUUUACCAACAGUCUUUUUGCUAAGUUCCAUUUUUUGGAUAUUUAUGACUUGGUUCAUCUUAUUUUUUCCUGAUACAGCAGGUAGCCCUUUCUAUUUUGUUUUCAUUUUCAGCAUUUUAGCUUUUCUCUACUUUUUCUACAAAACUUGGGCAACUGAUCCAGGCUUUACUAAGACUUCUGAAGAAGAAAGGAAAGUGAAUAUUGUUACCCUUGCAGAAACUGGCUCCCUGGAUUUCAGAACAUUUUGUACAUCAUGUCUUAUAAGGAAACCAUUAAGGUCACUCCAUUGCCAUGUGUGCAACUCUUGUGUGGCUCGAUAUGAUCAACACUGCUUUUGGACUGGACGGUGUGUAGGUUUUGGCAACCAUCACUAUUACAUAUUUUUCUUAUUUUUCCUUUCCCUGGUAUGUGACUGGAUUAUCUAUGGAACCUUCAUCUAUUGGUCAAAUCAUUGUGCUACAACAUUCAGGGAAGAUGGACUCUGGACCUACCUCAAUCAGAUUGUGGCCUGCUCUCCUUGGGUUGUAUAUAUCUUCAUGCUAGCCACUUUCCAUUUCUUAUGGUCAACAUUUUUAUUAAUAAAUCAACUCUUUCAGAUUGCUUUUCUGGGCCUGACCUCUCAUGAGAGAAUCAGCCUGAUAAAGCAGAGCAGGCAUAUGAAACAGGCAUUAUCCCUCAGGAAAACACCAUACAACCUUGGAAUCACACAGAAUCUUGCAGAUUUCUUUCAGUGUGGCUGUUUUGGCUUAGUGAAGCCCUGCGUAGUAGAUUGGACAUCACAAUACACCAUGGUCUUUCACCCAGCCAAAGAGAAGGUUCUUCGCUCCGUAUGAAGAAAAACAACUAAAAACUCUCACUCUCAUUUUGGUUUUGUGUGUGUUGAUACCUUGUGGUCUGAAAGUGAAAUGAAAUUUAGAACUUACCUAAAACCAAAGGAAAACACAAGUGGUUUUGAAGCCUGUGGUAAAAUAGUUCUCAGUAAGUGCUUGCCUUCUUUCAGAUCUACAAGAAUGGACUGUUCCUGGACAAUUUUAGUAGACAU